AAGAAAGAAAAACCAUAUACACAGUACACUUAUCCGAAACCAUGUCCAGCUUCACUCACACCACCACACUCCUCCAUGCCCAUGUCAAAACCAAGCACCAAAACGCCAAUCAAUCUUCUUCUUCUUCUUCUUCUUCACAGCAAAACCUAACCACCACAACCACCACCAACAGAAGAAAACUGGUCUCGACCUUCCUGACCACUUCAAUGGCGGCGAUUAUUGCCGCAGCCCAUGUGGUGCAGCGGCCGCCGGCAGCCCUGGCAGAGAAAUGGGGUACCCGGUCCUUCCUCCGAGAGCACUUCUUCGAGCCGGGGCUGUCGCCGGAGGACUCGGUGGCGAGGAUAAAGCAGACGGCGGAGGGGCUGCAUAGUAUGAGGGAGAUGUUAGAUACCAUGUCGUGGAGGUACGUCAUCUUCUACAUACGCCUCAAACAGGCCUAUCUUGAUCAGGAUUUGAAAACCGCCAUGGCCACCUUGCCUCAAGGUCUCCGAAAGGACUAUGUUAAGGUUGCUAAUGAGCUGGUCGAUAAUAUGGCUGAGCUUGAUCGGUACGUUCGGUCACCAAAGGUGUAUGAAUCGUACCUGUACUAUGAGAGGACUUUGAAAUCAAUAGAUGAUCUUGUGGCCAUGUUAGCAUAGCACAAAUCCAUCGCUAGCUAUACCUAUUUGCAGUGUCUCAAGAAGCUGCAAAUCUGUGUAAUUAACGUCCAUGAAGGAUUUUUGUGGUAAAACAAGCAGUCAAGCUAGUGUAUUUUCGACAGUCAUGUAACAUAUCAGAUUAUCGUAUACAAGCUAUUCAUUUAUUUGCAUCACAAGUUGAAAGUUCAAGACCUUAUCAUCUCCAAUUCAUAUAUAAAGUUCAAGACCUUAUCAUCUCCAA